CGCAGCGCAGCACUAGAGAACGCCCCGGUGUCCGCGCCCCAUUGCCAGCGCCUCGACGCGCAGUGUCCGCAGUCUGCCGCGUCCGCCGCUCCCUUAGGCGGGCAUGGGGCAGGCGGACUGAGCGCCGCUCCAGCCGCCUCGACCCGCCCGCCCGAGUCGCUGUACCUCUAGCCGCGGCCCGGGAGCGCACGGCGAUGGCAAAGGCGACGGCCGGUUCCUCGGGGCUGCGGCUGCUGCUGCUGCUGCCGCUGCUCGGCGAAGCCACGCUGGGCCUCUACUUCUCGAGAGAUGCCUACUGGGAGAAGCUGUACGUGGACCAGCCAGCUGGCACACCACUGCUGUAUGUCCACACGCUUCAAGACCUGCCUGGCGAGGUGCCCAGCUUCCGCCUGGGCCAGCACCUCUAUGGUGCCUACCGCUCACGGCUCCACGAGAAUGACUGGAUCCGCAUUCAGGAGGACAUGGGCCUCCUCUACCUGAACCAGAGCCUGGACCAGAGCACCUGGGAGGAGCUCAGCUCCCGCAGCCCUGCUGACUCUUUCUCUGCAGAUGGCGGGUUCCCACUGCUCACCGUCCACCUCCAGGUCUUCCUCUCGCCUGCAUCCCUGCGCGAGGGUGAGUGCCAGUGGCCAGGCUGCGCCCGUGUGUACUUCUCCUUCAUCAACGCCUCCUUCCCCACCUGUAGGUCCCUCAAACCCAGGGACCUCUGCUUCCCAGAGACAGGCCUGUCCUUCCGCAUCCGGGAGAACAGGCCCCCGGGCACCUUUCACCAGUUCCGCCUGCUGCCUGUGCAGUUCCUCUGCCCCAACAUCAGCGUGGCUUACCGGCUCCUGGGAGGUGAGCACCUGCCCUUCCACUGCAGCCCAGACAGCAUGGAGGUGAGCACACGUUGGGCCCUGGACCGAGAGCAGCAAGAGAAGUACGAGCUGGUGGCUGCAUGCACAGUGCGGGCUGGCUCCCGUGAGGAGGAGGUCAUGGUGCCCUUUCCUGUGACUGUGUAUGAUGAGGACGACUCGCCACCCACCUUCCCUGGGGGCCUUGACACCGCCAGCGCUGUGGUGGAGUUCAAGCGGAAGGAGGGCACUGUGGUUGCCGCGCUGCGGGUCUUCGAUGCAGAUGUGGUCCCUGCAUCCGGGGACCUCCCCAGGCGGUACACGAGCACGCUGCUCCCCGGGGACGCCUGGGCGCGCCAGACCUUCCGCGUGGAGCACUCUCCCAAUGAGACUUUGGCCCCAGGCAACGGCAGCUUCGUGCGGGCCACUUUGCACGAAUACAGGCUUGUGCUGAACCGCAGCCUCUCCAUCUCAGAGAGUCGCAGCCUGCAUCUGACCGUGCUGGUCAAUGACUCAGAUUUCCAGGGUGCCGGGGACGGUGCUCUCCUCCUCCACUUCAAUGUCUCUGUGCUACCCAUCAGCCUGCGUUUCCCCAGCACUUACUCUUUCGUGGUGAACAGGAGGGCCCGCCGCUUUGCCCAGGACCAGUGUGGGUGGUACCAGGGCCUGAACAGCAUGGUCAGCCCAAGGAGGCUUGGUACCCGUCUGCAUGAUUGGCCUGUGCAUCAGGUCGGGAAGGUCUGCGUGGAGCACUGCCUGGAGUUCAGCGGCAUCCUCGUCCAGUAUAAACUACAGCCUUCUGGGGCCAACUGCAGCACUCUGGGGGUGGUCACCUCAGCAGAGGACACCACUGGGACCCUGUUUGUGAGUGACCCGGAGGUUCUGCGGCAGCCCGAAUGUGCUGAGCUCCAGUACAUGGUGGUGGCCGCUGACCGGCAGACGCGCAGGCAGGCCCAGGUCCAGCUGCUCGUCACGGUGGUGGGAACCUAUGUGGCCGAGGCAGCUGGCUGCCCCCUGUCCUGUGCGGUCAGCAAGCGGCGCCCCGAGUGCGAGGAGUGUGGUGGCCUGGGCUCCUUGACCGGCAGGUGUGAGUGGAGACAGGGCGAUGGCAAAGGGAUCACCAGGAACUUCUCAACCUGCUCCCCCAGCACCAGGACGUGCCCUGAUGGCCACUGUGACGCUGUGGAAAGUAGAGACUUACACAUUUGUCCCCAGGACUGCCUCCGGGGAGGCAGCAUCAUUGGUGGCCACGAGCCAGGGGAGCGGCGGGGAAUUAAAGCUGGCUAUGGCAUCUGUAACUGCUUCCCUGAGGACAAGAAGUGCUUCUGUGAGCCAGAAGACAGCCAGGAGGCACUGUGUGACGAGCUCUGCCGCACAGUCAUCGCGGCAGCUGUCCUCUUCUCCUUCGUCGUCUCUGUGCUUCUGUCCUCCUUCUGCAUCCAUCGCUACCAUAAGAACGCCCAUAAACCACCCAUCGCCUCAGCUGAGAUGACUUUCCGCCGGCCUGCCCAAGCCUUCCCAGUCAGCUACUCCUCGUCUGCCACCCGCCGACCCUCGAUAGACUCCAUGGAGAACCAGGUCUCGGUGGAUGCCUUCAAGAUCCCGGAGGACCCAAAGUGGGAAUUUCCUCGGAAGAACUUGGUUCUCGGAAAAACUCUGGGAGAAGGUGAAUUUGGAAAAGUGGUCAAGGCAACAGCCUUCCGACUCAAAGGCAAAGCAGGCUACACAACCGUGGCUGUGAAGAUGCUGAAAGAGAAUGCCUCCCCAAGUGAGCUGCGGGACCUGCUGUCAGAGUUCAACCUCCUGAAGCAGGUCAACCACCCCCACGUCAUCAAGCUGCAUGGGGCCUGCAGCCAGGAUGGGCCGCUCUUCCUCAUCGUGGAGUAUGCCAAAUAUGGCUCUUUGCGGGGCUUCCUCCGGGAGAGUCGCAAGGUGGGGCCCAGUUACGUGGGCAGCGGUGGCAGCCGCAACUCCAGCUACCUGGACAACCCAGAUGAAAGGGCCCUGACCAUGGGUGAUCUCAUCUCCUUUGCCUGGCAGAUCUCCCGGGGGAUGCAGUACCUGGCUGAGAUGAAGCUUGUCCAUCGUGACCUGGCAGCCAGAAAUGUUCUGGUAGCCGAAGGGAGGAAGAUGAAGAUUUCAGACUUCGGCCUGUCCCGAGAUGUUUAUGAAGAGGAUUCCUACGUCAAGAGGAGCAAGGGUCGGAUCCCCGUCAAAUGGAUGGCAAUUGAGUCCCUUUUUGAUCAUAUCUACACCACCCAAAGUGACGUGUGGUCCUUUGGUGUCCUACUAUGGGAAAUUGUGACCCUGGGGGGGAACCCCUACCCAGGGAUCCCCCCAGAGCGGCUCUUUAACCUUCUGAAGACAGGCUACCGGAUGGAGAGGCCCGACAACUGCAGCGAGGAGAUGUAUAGUCUGAUGUUGCAGUGCUGGAAGCAGGAACCAGACAAGAGGCCGGUGUUUGCCGACAUAAGCAAAGACCUGGAGAAGAUGAUGGUUAAGAGCAGAGACUACUUGGAUCUUGCUGCAUCCACCCCAUCUGAUGCACUGCUCUAUGACGACAGCCUCUCGGAAGAGGAGACGCCCCUCGUGGACUGUAAUAAUGCUCCCCUCCCUCGAACCCUCCCUUCCACAUGGAUUGAAAACAAACUCUAUGGCAUGUCAGACCCGAACUGGCCUGAAGAGAGUCCUCUACCACUCACAAGAUUCGAUGGCACUAACACUGUGUUCCCAAGAUAUGCAAAUGAUAGUGUAUAUGCUAACUGGAUGGUUUCACCCUCAGCGGCAAAAUUAAUGGACAAGUUUGAUAGUUAACGUUUCCUUGUGAAAGGUGAUGGACUCAUAAGGGGAUGCAACAUGCCAGGAAUGGAGAGGCCACCGGCUCCUUCUUUGUGCAUUCAAGCUGGUUAAAAAAAGCCAACGUUAAUUUCCAAGGUGGCAAACUCGUUUUCAGUAGUUUGUUUUAACUGCUUUCCAAAGUGGCAUUACUUAUGAUAGCUGGUAAUUUUCCCUCCUGGGAAACACAUCAAACUGGAUAAGAGUUCUAAGUCAAGUGUUUAUUUAUUCUUUCUUAUUCAGUUCCCCGCAGAGUCCAGGGUUGCUAUGUGUUUAUCAGUAGAGACCACACACUUCACACUUAUAAGUGUUUGGGUUUGUCCCUUGUCUAAAAAUAUGUACCUGAACUGUUUGAUUUUUCUGGUUGCCACCAAACAAGGCAACAAGAUUCAACCGUGAAGCACACUCUCAAAAAGGCAGCAGGAAAAAAACGGGCCAAAAUGUCCUGCACUCGUUUCAGAAUCAGAACCCAGCAAGGUCUUAAUAGUGGUGUCAAAGCCUUGCCAAGGAUGGAGAGGAUAAGGGGAACCUCAGGACAGUCCUCGCCCCAACGUUUGAUAUCUUGAAGGUGAUUUUUUUUAAAAAUCAUGUCACCUUAUCUUAGGAAGACAUUUGAUUUUGAUCAUGUUUAAAAUGAUUCAUAGAUUUAGCACAAUGGAGAGAUUUGAUACCGUAUUUACUAUUCAGACAGGCUGACAUGAGGAGAGGGCUCACAAGAUGCAUUUGUCCCAAUUAGACCACUGCAGCAUCGUUGCAUAUUCAGCACUAGUGACCAUUACCCUGGCCCGGGGACGGCAUGGGGGAAGUGGGCGUGUGAGCAGAGUGGCCUCCUGAGAACCGCUGACAGCAGCCCAUCCUCAUCAGGUUUCCGCUCGCUGGCUGCCAGCCUCCAAAAGUGGUGGCACAUUCUGUACCUGAGGAGGAGGUGGGGCCUGGGCUCAGUGUAAUUUGUAUCUCAUCAACUGCGUUUUAAAAGGGACAGUUCAGCUAGUUGUUAGAAGUAGCAUUAACAGCGACCAAGGAUUGCUAUACCUGUGAUCACAGUUCUGACGUGGAAAAGACAAUGUUUUGGCUCUUAGAGAGCUUGUAUGAAAAGGCAUAUGUAUUAGCUCCUCCUGUGUUUGUAAUUCACUGCUGCUAUAGCCAGAGGUUUUUGUUUCUUAGAUUCUGACCAUGACCACAUGCUUUUUGUUAUUCUUCAGGGUUUGCUAGUGGUCACACGCACUUCAGUCUUGUGGGGUGGCCUUCAGGGAGUCUCAGGAGCCCUGCCUUUGUCCACACAGCCUGCUCCUUUCUGUAAUUCUGCAGGAAAGGGUUGGGUUACCAAAACACUGCCUGAUCUUCAAAUUUAAAGCACUGUGAUAGGACUUAAAAUAGUUUUACUGAAUUGCUGUAUUUUAUAGACGUUUCACAAAAGCAGGAAGACUUGGAUGAAUAUGUGAUGGAGACUCAUGUGUGCAUGCACACAUGGCCAGAGAGGUGGAAAAUACUUACUGGGGAUGCAACAUGGCUUUAGUUUCAACCACUUUUGAGAUACACUGUGAUAGUUCUUUUACAAAUACCUACAAUUGUAGUAAACUUUUGGUUUUCAGAUGUGUUUAAUGACAGUCUUGUUAAAUGCAGAAAUAAUGAUAAACUCUCUGAAAUUAUUUGAAAUGCCUACUAAGUGAGUGUGAAUUGCUGCAGCAGGUUUGUUCUUAGUGAGGUGGAAACCCCAUGUCUUUACCGCUGACCCAGUAAUGGGGAGUUAGCCCUCGACUAAUAAUCUAGUUAUCUAUUUCUAAGUUGUAAACAUACCCAUAUGUAUCAGUCCUAUCAGGCAGACUUUUCAUAGGCAUAUAUGCAGAAGUUAUAGAAGUACUAAAUAUUACUGAGUAAUUAGUAGCAAUGUUUCAUUUAUUAAAAGUUGUAAAACCUAUCUGUGGAAGGUAAUUUGUUUUUGUAAUCAAGGUGACUAAGAGAACAAUUUCAAUUAUGUAAAUAAAAUCAUGUAUCAUGAAAUGUGUAAACUUACUUUCUCUUCUUAACUUCCUAGUUGGAAACAUCAGAUUUCAGAUUUUGAAGUUUCAAUACAAAGAUUAAAAUAUAACAAGAGAAUCUAUCAUGGUAACCACUGGGGAAUUAAUCGUGAUGGAAGGGCUAGAAGGCUCUUGAUGAUAUUACUGACUUAUUUUUUAAAAAAAAGUAUGUGAGUAUGCACACUUAUAGCAACUAUUAAAAACUCAGUUAAUCCUGUCAUUCAAGGGAUUCCUUCCUUCAAGUCCCCCUUCCCUAGACUAGAGCAACCGCCAUGUUGAGUUCAGGUGUUCACAGUUCUCUAGUAAUUUGCUUGCUGUUUAUUUCUUGAAGAUGGAGUUGGAGAGUUGUGGAGGAGAGAACGUAAAAUGUGUAGUCAUGAGUGAAGUUCCAUCAGAAGACAGAAGAAAAAAUUUGCCCUGAACCCCUGUGAAGCUUAAAAUACUAAGUGCAGAUGUGUCAUGUCUUCCUGUUGGGUUGCGUGGGAAUUCUGAGAGGUCUUCUGAUACCUUGAGAAGGAGCAGGUGACAUCCCUGAUCCAGAGUAAAGGGAGUUUUCCUGGAGUGUGGCCUGCACCACCUUUUGUCAUACAAGAAAUAAAAGGAAAAGGGAGCAAGCAGAGAAUUUGGACCUCAUAACACCAAGAAAGCAGUGCCGGGAGCAGAGCACAUCCUUUGGACCCAGGGUUCCUCUGCAGAGAAGCUCCUAGUCCAGGGGAAGAUUGAUGACAAGGACCUUCCUCCAGAGCCAACAGAGAGAAAGCCUUCCCCUGGUGCUGGUGUCCUGAAUUUGGAUUUCUAGCCUACUAGACUGUGAGGAAAUAAAUUUUUCUUUGUUAAAGCCAUCCACUUGUGGUAUUUCUGUUAUAGCAGCACUUGAUGACUAAGACGUUACAUAACUGCCAAAUUGCAUCAUUACACAACUGCCAAACUAAAUCAUUACAUAACUGCCAGACCACUGAGAAUCAUGGCCCAGCCAAGUUGACACAACCUUAAUCAUCACAGUAGUAUUCACAUUUUCACUAUAUUAAGUUUUUGAAUCCAUGAGCAUGGAAUGUAGGUCUCUUUUACUAGUAGUUUAUAAUUUUCAUUGAAUAAGUCUUUUAUGUACCUGGCUAGGUUAAUAAUUCCUAAGUAUGUCAUUGUUUUGGGGGCUAUUGUAAAUGGUACUGUUGUUUUGAUUUCCUUUUCUGGAUACUUGUUAAUGUUGAGGAAACCAACAGAUUUUUGUGUGUUGAACUUGUAACCUGCAGUGUUGCUGAAUUCUGCUAUUAAUUCCAGCAGCUUUCUUGUGGAAUCUUAGGGUUUUCUGUGUAUAGGAUCAUGUCAUCUGUGAAUAUAGUUUUACUUCUUCUCUGAUUUGGAUACCUUUUAUUUCUCUUUCUUACCUUAUAGCUCUGGCUAGGACUUUUAGUACAGUAUUGAAUACGAGUGGUGAUAAUGAGCAUCCUUGUCUUCAUUCCCAUUUUCAAGGGGAAGUCUCUCAGUCUUUCUCCAUUGAGAAUAAUGUUGGCUAUUGGUGUGGCAUAUAUGUGGUUAAUUAUGUUGAGAAAUUUCCCUUCUAUUCCUAUUUUGGUGAGAGUUUUUUUUUUUUUUAAUCAGGAAAGGGUAUAUUGGGUUUUAGCAAAUGCAUUUUCUGCAUCAAUUGAUAUGAUCAUAUGGCUCUUUUCCAUUGUUUUAUUUAUGUGGUGAAUUACAUUGAUUUUCUAACGUUGAACCACUCUUGCAAUCCUGGUAUUAAUGCCAUUUGGUUGUGGCAUAUGAUUUUUUUUCGUAUGUUAUGGAAUUGUGUUCACUAGAAUUUUGUUGAAAAUUUUACAUUUAUAUUCAUGAGGGGUAUUGGUCUGUAAUUUUUGUGUGUGUGUGUGUGUGAUAUAUUUGCCUGAUUAUCAGGGUGAUGCUGGUUUCAUAGAAUGAGUUAAGGAAUAUUCUUUUCUGUGUUUUUGAAGAGUUUGAGUAGAAUUGGUGCCAGCUCUUUAAAUGUUUGGUAGAAUUGCCCAGUGAAGCUAUCUGGUCCUUGGCUUUUUGUUGUUGUUGACAGUUUUCUGGUGACAUCUUCAAUCUCUUCUUUUGUAAUGGGUCUGUUUAAAUUUUCUACCUCUGUUUAUGUUAGUUUGGGUAGGUAUUGUGUUUCUAGGAAUAUGUUCAUUUCAUCUAGGUUUUCAGGUUUGUUGGAGUACAGUUUUUCAUAGAGUUCUGUUAUGAUCCUAUUUAUCUCAGUUGGAUCUGUUGUCGUGUCUCCAGUUUCAUUUCUUAUUUUGGUUAUUUGCCUCUUGUAUUUUUAUUUUGUCAGUCUAGCCAGUGAUUUGCUAUAACAAAAUCAGUAAAGGUCUUUCAAAAAACCAACUCAUGUUCUUGAUUCUGUUGUUUUUCUGUUUCCUAUUUCAUUGAUUUCUGCUCUGAUCUUUGUUAUUUCCUUUCUUCUGGUAGCUUUGAUCUUCUUUUGCUCUUGCUUUUCUAUUUGUUCAAGUUACUGGUUUAAGCUAUUGAUUUUGGAUCUUUCUUUUUUAAUUUAGGCAUUUACUGCUUUGAAUUUUCCUCUGAGUCUUCUUUUGCUGUAUCCCAAAGGUUUUGAUAUGUUUUCGUUUUUGUCUGAUUCUAAGUAUUUUUUAAAUUUCACUUUUGAUUUCUUCUGUGACCCAAUAGUCUUUAAGCAGUGUGUUAUUUAGUUUUCCAUGUAAUUUCUUUUUCCUUAUUUUUUAUUUAUGGUGAUCUCCAGCUUCAUACCAUUAUGGUCAGAGAAGAUGCUUUGCAUGAUUUCAACCUUUCUAAAAUUUGUUGAGACUUGUUUUGUGUUGUAGCAUAUGGCUUAGUCUGAAAAAUGAUUCAUAAGCACUGGAAAAAAAUGUAUAUUCUAAUGAUAGGUGACGAUAGGUGGAGUGUCCUAUAUAUGUCCUUUAGGUCAGAUUGGCUUUGGAGUUUAAGUCCUCAGUGUCUUUACUGAUCUUUUUCAGAUGUUCUGUCCAGAAUUGAAAGUGGUGUGUUGAAGUCCCCUAUGAUGGAGUUGUGUGUUUCUCCUUUUUCACAUUAGUCAGUAUUUUUUUAUGUAUUUCGGAGCAUUGGUGUUAGGUGCGUAUAUGUUCAAGAUUGUUACGUCUUCUUGACAAACUGACCUUUUUAUUAUUAUAUAAUGUCCUUGUUGGUGAAGAAUAUUGAAUAUACAUGGACUGCCAGAAGGAUGAACAAAUCUGUCUUGGAAGUACAGCCAGAAUGUUUCUUAGAAGCAAGGACAGUGAAACUUUGUCUCAUGUACUUUGGACAUGUUGUCAGGAGAGACCAGUCCCUGGAGAAGGACAACAUGCUUGGUAAAGUAGAGGGUCUGUGAAAAAGAGGAAGACCUUCUAUGAGAUGGACUGACACAAUAGCUGCAACUCUGGGCUCAAGCAUAACAACAAUUGUGAGGAUGGCGCAGGACGGGACAGUAUCUCGUUCUGUUGUACCUGGGGUGGCUGUGAGUUGGAACCAACUUGACGACAUCCAACAACAACAGUGUCCUUCUUUAUCUCUUGUAAUAGAUUUCGGUUUAAAGCCUGUUUUAUUUGAUAUAAGUAUGGCCACCCCUGUUCUUUUUUGGUUACUGGUUGCAGGAAAUGUUUUUUUCCAUGUUUUUAUUUUCAGCGUAUUUGUGUCCUAUGUCUAAGGUGUGUUUUUUUGUAGGCAGCCAAAGGAUGGGUCAUGUUUUUUAAUCUGUUCUGUCACUCUCUGCCUUUUGCAUGGGGAGUUUAGACCAUUUACAUUUAAGGUUAUUACUGAAAACAAAUUGUACUUCGCUUAUUUUUCUAUGUUUUUUGAGUCUUAGAUUUGUCUUUUUAUUCUCAUUUUUCUGUUAUUUUUGUGUUUGGCUGCAUUUUUAUGAUGAGCCAUUUUGAUUUCUCUCUGCUUCUGUGUAUUUUUUCUAGGUGAUUUCUUAGUGGUUACCACAUGUAAUACAUUACACAACUUGUAGUUACAGCAACAUUUAAUAUACAGGCGAGUAAUAUGCAUUAACAUAUUAAAACUGUUCCUCCCAAGAGACCACAGGACCACAUGAACCAGAGACUCCACCAGGCUGAGACCAGAAGAACUAGAUGGUGCCCGGCUACCACCAAUGACUACCCUGACAGGGAACACAACAGAGAGUCCCAGAUGAAGCAGGAGAAAAGUUUGGAGCAGAACUCAAAUUCCCAUAAAAGACCAAACUUAAUGGUCUGACAGUUACUAGUGGAACCCCUGAAACUAUGGACCCCGGAUGCCCUGUGUCGUGGAUUGAAUUGUAUCCCCUAAAAAAUUAUGCAUCAUCUUGGUUAGGCCAUGAUUUCCAGUAUUGUGUGGUUGUCCUCUAUUUUGUGAUUGUAAUUUUAUGUUGAGAGGAUUAGGGUGGGAUUGUAACACCAUCCUUACUCAGGUCACCUCCCUGAUCCAAGGUAAAGGGAGUUUUCCUGGGGUGUGACCUGCAUCACCUUUUAUCUCUCAAGAGAUAAAAGGAAAGGGAAGCAACAGAGAGUUGGGGACCUCAUACCACCAAGAAAGCAGCACCAGGAGCAGAGCGCGUCCUUUGGACACGGGUCCCUACACCUGAGAAGCUCUUUAACCAGGGGAAGAUUGAGGACAAGGGGCUUCCUCCAGAGCCAACAGAGAGAUAAAGCCUUCCCCUGGAGCCGGCGCCCUGAGUUUGGACUUGUAACCUACUAGACUGUGAGAAAAUAAAUUUCUGUUUGUUAAAGCCGUACACUUAUGGUAUUUCUGUUAUGGCAGCACUAGAUAAUUAAGACGCCCCUUUAACCCAGAAUUGAAACCAUUCCGGAAGCCUACUCUUCAGACAAAGAUUAGACAGGACUAUAAAACAAAAAAGAAUACAUGUGAGGAGUAUGCUUCUUAGUUCAGUUAGAUACAUGAGACCAAAUGGGCAGGAAGAGAAGGCAGGAAGGGACAGGAACCGGUCGGAUGGACAUGGAACCCAGGGUGGAAAGGGGGAGUGUGCUAUCACACUGUGGUGAUUGCAAGUAAUGCCACAAAACUAUAUAUAUGUACAUUUUUGUAUGAGAAAUUAACUUGACUUGUAAACUUUCACCUGAAGCACAAUUUAAAAAAAGAAAAAAAAACUAUCCCCGUUUUGCUCUUCUCUCCCGCUCUUCUGUUGGUGAGCCUCUAUUGACAUCAUUAUAGAUCUGAUAGGUUUAAUUACUAUUUAUUUCUUAAUACAUUUAAUGUCGUAUUACUUGUGAAACUUAAGUACAGGUAGUUGCGACUUAAAACAUCUUUUGAGUUAUGACGAACUGCACUUAAACCUGUCCAUCUUUUGUUUUUGAUUUUGGUUUUUCUUUGUAAAUCUUAUCGUCAGUAACAUGUCCUGCAUACAGUGUUUCAGCACAUAAUUUGCUGAUGUUAUCAUUGUCAGAUGUUUACUUGCAAAUGUUCAAUUUCAUCAUUUACUGUUCAAAACAGUACCAUAUAGAUUUAGUUUUCUAAACUUGAAGACAUGGACCCAAACGCCAAUUGCUUUGCUAGAGUCGAUACGCAGAUUUGGAAAGCAGUGAGAUGUUAUCAUGAAAUGUAUGAAGGAAAAAAGAAAAUAACCAUACAGGCAACUCUCACUAAUUUUCUGACUAGAAAUGCCAUCCUCAUUCCCAGGGAUAAUCCAGAUGAUGCAGAACCUUCCACAAGUGAAGUUAUUUCUGCAGCUGACAAAAUGCCGUUGCCCAACUCUUCAUCAUUGGAGUAAAUUAUUAUGAUUUGUGUACUUUUUUUAUGUAUGUAUUAAAAUAUGUCUGUAAGUUUAUAUGUAAUGUUUUCAAUCCCCAAAGACAAAUGAAGAUCAGAUUUAUAAAGAUAAUAAAAGUCAAUAAUAAUGAAAACUAAAAAAAAAAAAAAAGAUGUGUUCAACUCUGCCAGAACCGACAUAGCCGGAGUCAUUGGAACAGAACUCCAUCUGUUUACCAUACUUAUUCAUUCUGUAUGCUGAGCACAUAAUCCGAGAAGCUGGACUAUAUGAAGAAGAACGUGGUAUCAGGAUUGGAGGUAGACUCAUUAACAGCCUGUGAUUGGCAGAUGACACAACCUUGCUUGCUGAAAGCGAAGAGGACAUGAAACACUUAAUGAUGAAGGUCAGACUACAGCCUUCAGUAUGGAUUACACCUCAACAUAAAACAAAAAUCCUCAAAACUGGACCCAUAAGCAACAUCGUGAUAAAUGGACAGAAGAUUGAAGUUGUCAUUUUACUUGGAUACACAAUCAACGUCCAUGGAAGCAGCAGUCAGGAAAUCAGAGGACGUAUUGCAUUGGGUAUAUCUGCUUCAAAAGACCUCUUUAAAGUGUUUAAAAAGCCAAGAUGUUACCUUGAGGACUGACAUGGAUUGAAUUGUGUCCCCCAAACAAUACGGGUCAACUUGGUUAGGCCAUGAUUCCCAGUAUUGUGUGGUUGUCCUCCAUUUUGUUAUUGUAAUUUUAUGUUGAGAGGAUUAGGGUGGGACUGUAACCACCCUUACUCAGGUCACCUCCCUGAUCCAAGGUAGAGGAAGUUACCCUGGGGUAUGGCCUGCACCAGCUUUUAUCUCUCAAGAGAUAAAAGGAAAGGGAAGCAAGCAGAGAGUUGGGGACCUCAUACCACCAAGAAAGCAGCACCAGGAGCAGAGUGCAUUGUUUGGACAUAAGGUCCCUGCACCUGAGAAGCUCCUCAACCAGGGGAAGAUUGAGGUGAAGGACCUUCCUCCAGAGCUGACAGAGAGAGAAAGCCUUCCCCUGAAGCUGAAGCCCUGAAUUUGGGCUGAGAACCUGCUAGACUGUGAGAAUAAAUUUCUUUUUGUUAAAGCCAUCUACUUGUGGUAUUUCUAAGACAAGGCCUAAAGUGCACCUGACCCAAGCCAUGGUAUUUUCAAUGGUCUCAUAUCCAUGGGAAAGCUGGACAAUGAAUAGGGAAGACUGAAGAAGAAUUGACACCUUUAAGUUGUGGUGUUGGCGAAGAAUAUUGAAUAUAUCAUGGACUGCAGAAGAACGAACAAAUCUUUCUUGGGAGAAGUACAGCCACAAUGCUCCUUAGAAUAAAGGAUGGUGAGCCUUCGUCUCAAGUACUUUGAACAUGUUACCAGGAGGGACUAGUCCCUGGAGAAGGUAAAGUAGAGGAAGACCCUCACCUAGAUGGAUUGACACAGUGGCAGCAACAAUGGACUGAAGCAUAGCAACAGUGGUGAGGUUGGCACAGGACUGGGCAAUGGUCCAUUCUAUGGUACAUAAGGUCGCUAUGAGUCGGAACCUACUCAAUAGCACUUAACAACAACAACAUCUGUUGUAGGUCAGUUUCAGUUGAUUCAUUUUUCUCAUUAUGUGUUAUAUUUUUCUGUUUCUUUGCAUGUCUGGUAAUUUUUCUUUGUAUGCCAGACUGAAUUUUACCUUGUUGGGUGCUAGAUAUUUUUAUAUUCCUAUAAACAUAUUUGAGGUUUGUCGUGUAACACAGUUCAGUUGCUUGAAAACAAUUUGAUUCUUUCAGGCCUUGCUUUUAAGAUUUGUUAGAUGGGGCCAAAGAUAAGUUUAGCUUGUCGUCGUUGUUGUCAUUGUUAGGGGCUGUCAAGUCAAUUCUGACUCAUAGUGACCCUAUAGGACAGAGUAGAAUUGCCUCAUAGGGUUUCCAAGGACCAGCUGGUAGAUAGAUAUGAACUGCUGACCUUUUGGUCAGCAGCGGAGCUCUUAACCACUUAGCUCCACGUUUAGCCUAAAAAAAAAAAAAAAAAAAUUUUUUUUUUUUUUUUAGCCUAGAGCUAAUUAUUUCCCAGUACAGAUAAAAGACUCUGCUGAGUACUCUAUCCAGUGUCCCACGAAUUUUGAGGUUUUUCAGUCUGUGGUGCCCAAUUCCUGGCCCUGUGUGAAUGCAGGGUUCUAUUAAAAAAAAAAAAACCAAACCCA